AUGACAGAGUCAGCGAGGAUGCUUGGUCUCGCAGAACCACUUCACCAGAGAGUAUCCCAGAAGUUUCAGACAGCCUUCAAGGCCAAGGAUAUUUUGUUCUCUGAGACCAGCCUCGCCUACCUCCAAGCCAGGGGAGGGGCUUCGUUCCAACUGCGAUACUGCCCUGCUUUGAAAAAGAAACCCCAGGGCGAUACCUCUGGUCGGAAAAAGGAGCCAUCCGGUCCUAAAUUCGAUCCUUUUGAGAAUCCGCCUGCAGAGCUGCUAGUUGCUCAAAUCCCUGCCCAAAACCCAUCUCACGCCUUGGUGUUGAACAAAUACCCAGUCAUCCACAACCACUUCAUUAUUGCCACCAAAGCCAAUAAACCGCAAACGGACCUUCUCGAGGAAGAUGAUAUUGGCCUGACCCAUACUUGCCUGCGCGCCUGGCAAGACCAGCGGCAUGAUGGAAGCUCUCCCCGUCUUUUCGCUUUCUUUAACUCUGGAGAGCACAGUGGCGCCAGUCAGGUACAUCGCCACUUACAGUUUCUACCGGUGGAGGAUAUGGCAGGUUCGAGCAAUGGGGAGUGGAGGCUUCUAAUUGACCGCAUGAACGUACCAGCUCAUCCACACCUACCACUGUUUCAAGAUCCAUCGUUGCCGAUCUUGCACUUUUCCACGCCCCUUGAACCUGACGCUUCAGCAGCCGACUUGCACAGUAAAUAUGUUUUGCUCAUGAGAGCCGCACUUUGUGCCACUCAGUCCUCUGGUCAGCCACUGGACCAGGGCUUGGCAAUAGAACAGAAUGGCAAAACUCUGGUCUCUUACAACCUCGCCAUGACGACGGACCGGAUGGCGAUCUGCCCUAGGAAACAGGAAGCUGCUUGCAUACCCGGAGCAGGCCCAGAGAGUUCUGUUGCAAUCAAUGGCACGAUACUCGCGGGCACCCUCAUGGUCAAGGACGAAACAGAAUGGGAUGUGCUUCGACGAAAUCAUUCGCUCAUAGACGAAAUACUGGCUUCUAUCGGCUUCUCUUUGACCUCUUGGAAACAACAUGGGCGCACCGCAAAGGCAUAA